GUUGUCUGUCUGGCUAGUCAUGAAGCUCGAAACUCAGGCAGAAUGGCUCGAUACGCCUGAGCGUGCAGUCGCGCCGUCUAAAUUAGCAUUAUGAUUUUUUCGGACAUUCACUGUUUACAUAGGACUUAAGUAAUUUAAAAUAUGUUUUGUGUAACAUGAAAACAAAUACCAAAUAGUUAGGUAGUGGUGGAAAAAAGUGCGUCUUUUUAUUUAAAUUGUAUUGUAAACUGGCAGUGUAUUUUUGAAGCUUUGGUGGAUUUAAAUUUUGAUAAAACAGACACAAUGGAGAACGGGAAUAGAAAAAACCUUUAUUUGGUAACACUUUCAGUGUCAAUGGCGAUGGUAACACUGGGUGUGUCGUCUGCCUGGCCUACUCCCGUGCUGCCGAAGUUCAAUAACAAUGAAACCAACGUAGAUAUUACUAAGUACGAAAUGUCGACGAUGCUUGCAAUAAAUCCGGUGGGGUUCGUCGUGGGCUCUCUCGCUACGGGCUACAUAGCAGACAGGUUCGGGAGGCGAGCCACUAUACUGGGGAGCGCACUUCCCAUUACCAUAGGCUCGAUAGUGGCGGUAGUUGCCGAGCAUGGGUGGAUGCUCUCUAUGACCACUUUUUCUUGGAGUUGUGGCACCGGCAUGGUCAGCACAGUCAGCAACUACUACUUAUCAGAAAUUGCAGACAAAGACGUGAGAGGUAGACUGUCAGUCAUCACAGGUUUUAUGUUCAAAUUCGGGAACCUCCUUACGAUGUCUGUAGGACCCUUCCUCUCUUACGAAGUCCUCAACUACAUUAUGUUGGCCUUGCCGAUGCUCUUCUGUUUAAUGUGCUGGUGGAUACCAGAGUCUCCUUACUUCUGCUUGAAGACAGACAACGUAGAAGGUGCUAGAACUUCACUGAGGAUUCUGAGGGGAUAUAAGGAUGAGAAGGUUUUGGAAGAUGAGUUGCAAGCUUUACAAGCGAACGUCAAGAACGACAUGAGCCACUCCAGCUCUGUCAAAGAGUUGUUCCUCGGCAAGCAGUACAGAAGAGCUAUAAUUAUAGCUGCUGGUUUGAAAUUAACGCAGAUAAUGACUGGCGCGGUGGUCAUACGGCAAUACUUGGGAUGGAUCAUGGCGGAGACAAAGCUCAAAAUGGAGUUAUCUCUAGCACUGAUCAUAUACGCUGCAAUUUCUUUCGUAGUUGGCAUGAUGUCAUCAGUAUUAGUAGACCGAGUUGGUCGCCGUCCUCUGCUUAUUGUCUCGUACAUCGGCACCGGCGCCUCCCUCGGCGCAGUCGGCUUUUACUUCUUCUUACAAGACGUACUCAGCAUCAGUCAUGACACCUUAGCUAUUAUCAGCUUCAUUCCACUUCUCGGCAUCAUUCUAGCCAACGUUAUCUCAACAAUAGGAUUCAACUCCCUAAUUUUCAUUAUCCCUGCGGAAAUAUUUCCAAUGAACGUGAAAGCCAAAGCUAUGACUUGUCUCAGUCUUUUUGGUGCUGCAUUGGGUCUUACUGUAGGCCUGGGUUAUCAGAGAGUCAAAGAUUUCUGUGGCUUAACUACAGUGUUCUGGAUUUUUGCUGGCUUCGCAAUCGGUGGAGCAGUUUUCUGUUAUUUCUUGGUAACAGAGACUAAAGGAAAGGAUCUGAAAGACAUUCAGGUAGAGUUACAGGGUAACGGAUAUGACGCAGUUGAGCUCGAAGAUAUGAAUAAGUUAGAGAAAGUUUUUGCUAGUAAUGUUGAUAACGAAAAUUGUACCGAAACGGAAGAGCUUAAUAAGAAGUAGACUUAAUUUUAUUAGCUUUACUACAUGCCUUUCCUUUUUUUGGAAGAUUCUUUUCUACAAUUAAUUUUUUAUUUUCCAUUUGUAUAAAUUAACCUUACCUAAGAAUGAAAUAAGUUAUAAAUAAACAAGACUGCUAUAGAAUUAGGUUAUUUCUCAAAAGAUAUCAAGCAACAAAACUCCAUCUGCAUUUACGGCAUUUAGGUCUCGACGUGUUAAUUCUUGCUUGACUUUAAAAGUUACAGCCUCAACUUCGAUUACAAUCACAAGAUAUUUUAAGAUUUUUGUUUUAUCUUUUCUGUAGUCUAAGAUAUAGUUUUCUCAAGUUGUACUGUUUAAUUAUUGACGUAUUGAAAAUGAACAAAAUCGAUUAGCUAAUUGGCUAUAUGUAGCCUUAAAUAUUGUAUUUACCAUGGCUUUUAAAAUUUUAUAUAACUUAGGUUACAGAGUUUGAAUGUAUUUUUAACUUGUUGUUAAUGUAAAAAAAUACCUUUGCUUUAUUUCGAGGCCAAUUUUUACACCAAAGGGACCUUACAAAGGUCAGAUAUUGAAUGAGGUGAAAAAAGUGAAGAGACACAAAAAUUGAUUCUAGAACUGUUUAUAUGAUUAAAAUGUAAUACACACGUACACCGCUUGACCGCGCGUUCGAGCGGUUGUCUUUUGUUCGAGCGCCUCCGCAGCUUUUGUUAAUCGCCUUAAUUAACAUUUUUCUUUUCUUGCUUCACUGUACUAUCAAAGGAUUCGUCACGUAAUGUAUAUUAUUAUGUACAUUUUCACUAUAAAUCAAUUCAUAAUUGUGUCUCCCACGUGGUUGUUUUGAUACUAGCCACAUAGUGGCGACGAAAUGUGUGGUGCGUAUGUAGAGGCUCGAAUAGGCAGUAAGUUUGUAUGUCUCCGGACCUUAAAAACAAUAGUGAUAUAAAGCUAUAUUUUCGCCAGUAGUAAUAAGUGAAUAUAUAUAUGUUUAUGUAUAAAUGAAAUGAUAAGCUUUUAUAUAUUUUGUACAAACAUCACAGACGACGCCUUUAGGGGAUGAUUGUUUAUUUUUAAAUAAAUAAGAGUACAUACCUAAUUAUAAAUAUUUACUUAAUUAUUAUACCUCUAUUUACCUUAUUAUACCUAAUAUAUAUGGUUAUGUUUUUACUGCUAAUUAAGUAGCAGAGCAUUUGAGAAUCCAGUACUUACAUGAAAAGUUCACAUUGACGAGAAUAUUCCCAACUUUGGGUGACGGUAGAUUUUAUAAAAGCUUUUAUACUGUUGUCUAAUUGUGAAUGUAUAAAAAUAAA